UUUUGUUCGUUUUUACUUUUAAACAUAAAUGUCAGAUUUACCCACAGAAACCAAAGUUGAAAAACCUAGAAAACGAUUUGUUGGAAGAUCCAAGAAAACACCCUCAAAUCAAGACGGAAAUGCUAUUGAAGACAGUGCUGUUGGCUUUACUCGUACACCUCGUAAUCGAAAUGGACGUGCUGUACAUCAGAUCCCCGAUGAAAUCUUGAAUGAUCCAUUAUUGAACAAAGCUAUAGAACAAAUCCCUUCUAAUUACAACUUUGAAAUCCACAAAACUAUAUGGAGAGUCAAAAAAGCAGAAGCAAAAAAAGUCGCUCUUCAACUUCCCGAAGGUCUUUUGAUGUUUGCAUGUAUUAUAUCAGAUAUUCUUGAAGUUUUUUGUCAGGUGGAAACAUUGAUUAUGGGAGAUGUAACUUAUGGAGCAUGUUGUAUUGAUGAUUAUUCGGCCCGUGCACUUGGAUGUGAUUUUUUAGUACAUUAUGGACAUAGUUGUUUAAUUCCUGUGGAUAUUACAACCAUCAACACUUUAUAUGUCUUUGUGGAAAUUGGUAUAGACAAUCAACAUUUUAUUAACACGGUACGCAAGAAUUUCGAAAAAGGAAAACGAUUGGCUUUAGUAUGUGUGAUUCAAUUCGGUGCUGCCUUACAAGCGGCAAGGGAUUCUUUACAAGAUGAUUACAUUAUACAAAUUCCUCAAUCAAAACCAUUGUCGCCAGGUGAAAUAUUAGGUUGCACAUCUCCCAAAUUACAUGACAUUGAUGCUAUCAUUUAUAUUGGUGAUGGUCGAUUCCAUUUAGAAUCCAUUAUGAUCCAUAAUCCUGAUAUACCAGCCUUCCAAUACAAUCCAUAUGAUAAAGGAUUCACUCGAGAACGUUAUGAUCAUGAAGAAAUGCAAUCUUUACGAAAACAUUCUGUGCAAGUUGGAAAAGAAGCCAAGAAAUAUGGAUUGAUUUUGGGAACACUGGGACGCCAAGGAAAACCUCAAGUGAUGGAAUAUUUGGAAUCUUGUAUUCAGGAUCAAGGCAAGGAAUCUAUAGUAGUACUAUUGUCUGAAAUAUUCCCGGGAAAGUUGGCUCAGUUUGAUGACGUUGAUGCAUGGAUCCAAAUUGCUUGUCCUCGAUUAUCCAUUGAUUGGGGUUAUGCUUUCCCUAAACCAUUACUGACACCUUAUGAAGCCUCUAUUGCUCUUGGUAAAACAGAAUGGCAAGAAGUUUAUCCUAUGGAUUUCUAUGCGAAUGAUUCUUUGGGACCUCAUACACCAAAUCACGGACGUAGUGUACCUCGAUCAUCAGCUAGACGAAACAAGCCCACAACAACUAGUGAUGGAGUAAUAGCUCCAUAGUUUAUUUAAGAUUAUAGAUAUACUAUUAUUUUUACCUUUGUAUUCAAAAAUAAAUCAUACUUUCUUUUUUUGUCUGUCCUACAUUGUGAAAAUAAAUAUAAACUCGAACCUUUUUUUUUUUAAUUCAUUCACCUUCUAUUUUCUUUU